UGGAGAUAGGCAGGAGUCCUGCAGACAGGAGAUCAGAAGGCAAAGGGCUUGAAGUUACAAUGGGAAUUCUAGCAGUCCUAGUCCUGCUAGGCACCUUGUGUGUCACAAGUCACUCAGCCCCAACAUCCCGGAACACACCUAUGACCAUCAUGUUCCCAGGAGAAAUGCGCAGCAACCUAACUGACCUGGAGCAAGCAGAGAAAUAUCUAACGCGAUAUGGGUACCUGCCAUUAGAAAGUGGUAAAGACAAACAUACCUCCAUAGAAAAGUCCCUGAAAAGGAUGCAGCGAAAGUUGGGGCUUACAGAAACGGGUGAACUAGACUCAGAAACUAUGAAGACCAUAAACACCCCUCGUUGUGGAGUACCUGAUGUGGGAAAGUUCCAGACUUUUGAGGGAGACUUGAAGUGGGACCAUACUGAUAUUACAUACAAGAUCCUGAACUAUUCUCCUGAUCUUGACCCUGAAGUGAUAGACGAUGCCUUUGCUCGUGCCUUCAAAGUAUGGAGUGAUGUGACACCUCUCACCUUUACACGAAUUUACAACGGGGAACCCGACAUAAACAUUUUGUUCGGGACUGACAAUCACGGUGAUCCAUACCCUUUUGAUGGGAAGGAUGGACUUCUAGCUCAUGCAUACCCACCAGGUGCUGGAGUGUAUGGAGAUGCCCAUUUUGAUGAUGAUGAAUUCUGGACCCUUGGGACUGGCGUAGUGGUGAAGACUCGGUUUGGUAAUGCAGAUGGUGCAGUGUGCCAUUUUCCUUUCGUCUUUAACGGCCAGUCUUAUUCCUCCUGUACAAGUGCUGGGCGAUCGGAUGGCCACCUCUGGUGCAGUACAACAGCCGAUUUUGACAAAGACAAAAAAUAUGGCUUCUGCCCAAGUGAAUUGCUAUACACAUUUGAUGGAAACAGUGAUGGUCAGCCCUGUGUCUUCCCAUUUAUAUUUCAAGAAGAAUCCUAUUCUUCGUGCACUACUGAUGGGCGUACAGAUGGGUACCGCUGGUGUGGUACCACUGCCAAUUAUGAUAAAGAUGUCAAAUACGGUUUCUGUCCCAACAGAGACACAGCUGUCAAUGGUGGAAACGCAGCAGGCGACCCUUGCGUUUUCCCUUUUAUAUUCCAGGGGAAAACCUUCAACGAGUGCACCACCGAAGGUCGAGGGGAUGGGAAGAAGUGGUGCGCCACUACCUCCAACUAUGACAUCCACAGGAGAUGGGGUUUCUGUGGAGACCAAGGUUACAGCCUUUUCCUGGUGGCAGCACAUGAAUUUGGACACGCAUUAGGCCUCGAGCACAGCAGCAUCCAAGAUGCUCUAAUGUAUCCCAACUACAAGUACGAGAGCGACUUCCAUCUUCACUCUGACGACAUUGAAGGGAUCCACUAUUUGUAUGGUGCUGGAACUGGUCCAGAUCCCACUCCACCAAAGCCCACCAAGAAACCUAAAACAACAACUCCUUCACCCACCACCCCUGCUACACCAACUACCACUGAAAGUGUGGAGCCUUCUGAUUCCCCAGUAGACCCAACACAAGACCCCUGCAAAGUGAAGGAAUUUGAUGCCAUUGCAGAAUUACAAGGGGAGCUCCACCUCUUUAAGGAUGGAUUGUACUGGAAACUACCUGCCAGUGGCCCCCCUAAGUCUUCUAAGAAGAUCUCAGACACUUGGCCUGAACUUCCUGCCAACAUUGAUGCAGCAUUUCAAGAUCCCCAAAGCAAGAAGAUUUUCUUUUUCUCAGGACGCAAAUUCUGGCAGUACACGGGAAGCAGCGUUUUGGGUCCACGAAGUCUCGAAAAGCUGGGCUUUGGCAAGGAUGUGGAUAAAAUCUUGGGCGCUAUUACACGGGAUAAUGGAAAAGUCUUGUUGUUCAAUGGUGACAAAUACUGGAGACUUGAUGUGAAGUCUCAGACUGUAGAUAAGGGUUACCCACGCAACACAGAUGAUGACUUUGCUGGUGUUCCCAGUGAUUCUCAUGACAUCUUUGUGUAUAAAGGUAAAUACUACUUCUGCCAAGACCAGUUCUUCUGGCGCAUGACAUGGCGCAAGCAAGUGGAAAAGGUCGGAUACGUGAAAUACGACAUUGUCCGCUGUCCAGAGCGAAGUUAAAGCAAAAAAAUGUGAAGAAGAGGAAUGAGGAAAGGGUUAAACAAGCAGCAAUAGCUAGGAAAGGGAAGACUCCAGACGUGAACCUUCCAUCCUGCCCCCCUCUUCAUUUUAGCCCUUACUUGUGUGGUUGUAGAAGGAAAUUGUUACUGUUCAGGCACUGUAGACAUGGUCUCCAUGUUGCAUCCCCCUUAGGGAAGUGAAUGUGUGUGUGUGUCCCCGGCCUGCCUGGUGCAGGCUUCCAGAGAGCAGUGUGACAGAUGAUGACUUGUGGCGCUAGUGAAAUGCGACAAGGUGACCUUUCAGAGAUUUCUUUAAUAUAUUAUUUGCUUUUCUAAUAAAUACUGUUCUUCCUUGA